GGAACAGAUGCUUGGAAUGGUAUUGGGAUCCAAUUACUGCACUUUUCCAACCUUACAUCUAUUGUCUAAACUUGGAGCAGGCAUAUUUUUAUUCCUUGGUGACACUAUAUAAAGAAACAAUCCGCAUUGUGUUUGCUGUCUGACUAGUGGGCAGAGAAGGGGUGGAAGAAGCAGCAGCAGUAUGGCUCCAAAAAAGGCAAAGAAGAAGAUAGAAGGUGGUUCCAAUGUAUUCUCUAUGUUUGAACAAACCCAGAUCCAGGAGUUCAAAGAGGCUUUUACCAUCAUGGAUCAGAACAGGGAUGGCUUUAUUGACAAGGCAGACUUGAGAGACACAUUUGCUGCACUAGGUCGUCUGAAUGUCAAGAAUGAAGAGCUUGAAGACAUGGUGAAGGAGGCGCCAGGUCCUAUUAACUUCACUGUCUUCCUGACUAUGUUUGGGGAAAAGCUGAAAGGCACGGACCCAGAAGAAACCAUUCUGAAUGCUUUUAAGAUUUUCGACCCAGAAGGAAAAGGCCACAUAAAGGCAGACUACAUCAAAGAAAUGCUCAUGACACAGGCAGACCGGUUCAGUCAAGAAGAGAUCAACCAGAUGUUUGCUGCUUUCCCUCCAGAUGUCUCUGGUAAUCUUGACUAUAAGAACCUCUGUUAUGUUAUCACCCAUGGUGAGGAGAAAGACUAAGAGGGAAGAGAUGAGCUUCUCCUGUGAUGAUGCACCAAGUUAUUUCAUAAUGCUUUUGUGUGCAAGACAAAGGGCUCAACAUUCAGUAUGUGAAGCCAUGUGGUCAUCAGAAGAGAACCAAUAAAACAAUUGAAAUUAGA